UGUCACGUGAAACUCGCGUGCUGCUGUCAACACUUCCUGGUUUUGACGCUUGAGGAGCAAUGCAAGCUUGGGUUCAUUUCGCGGUGAUUUUAAGCUGCUUUGGUGAAUUAUCAGUAGGUGAUAACCUUCGCUUUGCAUCAUAUUAUGGAGAGCACAUGGUCCUGCAGAAAGCUCCAGAGAAAGCUGUGGUGUGGGGGUAUGGCAUAACUGGAGCUGAGGUUCAGAUCUCUUUAGCAGGACCACAAAAUGAACAAGUAAAAUCUGUUCCUGUUCUUGAUGGCAUUUGGAGGGUCAUUCUUGAUCCGGUUCAGGUUGGUGGUCCCUAUAAUCUGACUGCUACUCAGAGAGGAAGCAAGAUUGUACUCACAGAUGUGCUGUUUGGAGAUGUUUGGUUAUGUGGCGGUCAGAGCAACAUGGCCUUCACACUCGGUCAGGUAUAUAAUGCCUCAGAGGAGCUGGCCAUGGCCACUAAGUUCCCUAACGUGAGGGUCUUCCAGGCUGCACUGGAGAUGAGCAGUGUUGAGUUGACUGACCUUGCAGGUGUGGAGGUUCCGUGGUCCCGUCCCACACCAGAGAUCCUUGGAGGAAAGGAUUUCACCCACUUCUCAGCCGUGUGCUGGUUGUUUGGCCGCUACCUUUACGAGAGCCUGAAAUAUCCGAUCGGGUUGGUGGAGUCGUGUUGGGGUGGGACCCCUGUAGAGGCUUGGUCCUCCCUCAGAGCACUACACAGCUGUGGCCUCAAGGAACCUGAGAGCAGUGAUGAGUGGGAUAAAGAGUGGAACAGUACAGUGUUAUGGAAUGCCAUGAUCCACCCCCUGCUCAACAUGACCAUCAAAGGAGCCAUAUGGUACCAAGGUGAAGCCAACGCACAGUACAACCAGGACAAGUACUCAUGCACUUUCCCAGCUAUGAUUGAUGACUGGAGGAUGGCGUUCCAUGCAGGCUCAGAGGGCCAGACUGCACCAGACUUUCCGUUUGGAUUUGUACAGCUGUGCACCUACAGGAAGGUCACACAAGACGGUUUUCCAGAGAUUCGCUGGCACCAGACAGCAGACUACGGCUUUGCUCCAAAUGAGCGCAUGAAGAAAACUUUCAUGGCUGUUGCUGUGGACUUACCUGACGAGUCCUCACGCUGGGGCAGCAUUCACCCGCGGGAUAAACAGGAUGUGGCGUACAGGCUGGUGCUGGGUGCGCGAGCUGUAGCCUAUGAGGAAACGGGGGUGUCCUUUCAGGGUCCUUUUCCCAGCCUGACCCUGAUUAAGAACACCACCAUAAUCAUCACUUACAAUCAGAAAAUAAGAGCCACGCUUUCCAGUGACACUUUUGAGAUCUGCUGCUCUAAGGAGAAGAAACCUUGUACAUCGGGUUCCCAAUGGAUUCCUGCUCCAAUGAAGGAACAGGGAAGUGAUUACGUCCUGGUAUCAAUAGCUAAAUGUCCCCUUGAAAAUGUAGCUGCUUUGCGUUAUGCGUGGAGUGACUGGCCGUGUUCUUUUAAAGCAUGUCCCAUCUACAGCGCAGAUGGAGUCUUACCUGCACCACUGUUCAUCUUUAACCGGUGGCCAACACACAGCUGAUGACAAACAGUCGAAAAUAGUUCCUCUGUACAUACAGUAUGUGGAAGAAAUUAAAUACUUUCAAUUAGACCAGUUAACAGCUGGGGACAUCACAAUCAUGACAUUUGAAUGCAGGAUAUUUUUCUGCAAAUGGGUCAUCAGGGAUUAAGGUAUUGAGAGGGUUAUUAGUUCAAAUCCCAGAACCGCCUAAGAGCUACAUUUGGGCCUUUGAUGAUUCUGAUGCAUAGGGUGAGCUAGUGGGUAGGAAUUGACACAAUAUUGAGGAGAAAAACAGGAAAAAGUAGCGGAUAAUAAGCAAAACAUAAAAUAUACACAAAAAUAUGUGUAAUGUGUAAGAUAUACUGAGUUUAUUAGGUACUAGUAUCAAAUAUGGCCGCACAUACUGGAUUGUGUUCAGAGUCGACGACUUCAGUCCAAAAGUAUUUAUACUGUGAAAGUUACUCGUAUUCAGAGAUGAGUUAAGCACAUGCUCAAGUCAAUCUAUUGGGUGUGCUAUUCAGAUGCAAAUCACCUGUGUGUGGUUUAUGUCUCCACAGUUGCCAUUUUUUCUGGCGAACAUAGGCACAAAUGUGGAGUGAAGAAGGAAAUAGCGUUUAUUCUCUCUGCUGUAAAGCAUAAUACAGUGUAACAUAAAAGCAAGAGAUAAUUACAUUUUUUAAAAUAUAGUGAUAUAUGAAUGAGAAGAUGACAAGCUUUGAAAUAAACAUCUAAUACGAGUCCAGUGUACUGCCAGUAUGUUUCUGCAUGAAUAGUCCUAGUUUUAAUUAUCACUUUAAUUUAAAAAAAAAAAAAUGGCUCCUACCUUCUUUAUUUGGAAGCUUAUAAAAUAGCACUUGAUCCAGCACUGAUUUUUUUAUAUUUUGCAAACAAUUUAAUGAAGCCACGAGAUACCAAAUCAAGGUCAUGAAAUCAUAAUGUGUAUGCAGGAUGUAGGCCAUUUUAACGUGCUUUUAAUUCAUUAUUUUGAGUUGUUGAAUUAAUAAAAUAAUGCCUGUGUUUUGGUUCAUUCAAUGCACGUUCCUGAAAAGAAAGUGUGUACAGGUGUUCCUGUUAAAGUGGUGAGUGUAUGUGGUAUUGCAGGGUACAUUUGCAUGUGUUGUUUGUUAUUGUGAAAAUUAAUUCAUGAUGUAAUCAGCAAAAGACUUCUUCUCAGUAUGAGUUAGUAGGAGGAAGUUAGUGUAGGGCAUUAAGCUCAAUCAGAUCUGUUUUUUGUACAAUUUAGCAAAUGAAAAAAGUAAGCCAAAUGAGAAAUGCACUUUAGGUGUAUAUGCUGCUACUCUAUGAUUAACCAGCAGGUGGGAAUAUUGGCAAAGCAUGCAGACAAGGUUGCAUGUCUACGAAUUUCUACAAAUUGCUACAAAUUUCUACAAAUUGCUAAGGUGUACAUACAUAGUGGUUAAUCAGUUUACCAUUUUUUACAUAUUUGCACUCAUUUUUCUUUAAUUUUCUACAAUUGACAAGUAAACAACAAAACAAAUUAUUGUCUGUAACAAGACAAUAAAUGUAUAAGUAUCAUUUAUUACUAAAAUAUGAGUUUUCAAAAAACUAAUUUAAUAUUCUUGUUAUGAUUCACAAAUACUGACUGUGUCAUGUUGGCUUGCUUUUCACACUAAUGAACAAACACUAAUAAAGCACUCAGAUUUACCAAA